CCUCAUUCCAAUUGUUACUUCUAUACACCCUUGUCUUUGUUUCACUUUAUUCGUCCAUUCCUGUCAUCAUCAGCUUAUCAUAUUCCCAACCUAGCAAGAGUUCUUCAUGGAGACUGUAGAAUUAAAGGUGGAGAUGGUGGGAAUACAUGAGAAAAGACUCAGGAAAUGCUUGUCAAAAUUGAAAGGGAUAGAGAAGGUGGAAGUUGAUGCAAAUAGUCAGAAGGUGGUGGUCACAGGAUAUGCACAUCGGAACAAAAUUCUUAAAGCAGUAAGGAGAGGUGGUCUGAAAGCUGACUUCUGGUCUGCCCAGAAUGAGCUCCUAAGUUCUUAUGCCAGUGCGAGUUAUGGAAGCUUGAGAUUCAGCAACUUCAACUUCUUUAAUUAGAAGCUUUCCUUUCCUUUUCUUUUCUUUUCUUCUUUGUGGGAUCAUAUACUAAGGUUGUGUCUGUGUCUUCAUAUUUCCAUAUUAUACAUUUUUAUUUUAUUUUAUUUUUUUUGUAUUCUCUGCCCCUUUUUCUUUUACAAAAGAACUGUCCCAUGUUCAACGAAGAUACAUAGAGUGGAAUGGAAGAGUACGUCUUCAAGUUUUGCAGCUUAAUUUGC